CUCUGAUAUCAAGCAGACUUUUCUAUUGCAUUUGGUAGGCCGUGUCAAAUUACAAAACUACAUCAAAGUGAAUAUAGAUUUGACAACUCUUGAAAUGUGAUAACCAGUUUGAGCUGGAUAGAAUACUGAUGGCUCACUCAAAGGCUUCAGAUGAGCUGAUUUUCUAUGUGAAUGGAAAAAAGAUUGUGGAAAAAAAUGCUGAUCCGGAGGUCUUGCUGCUUCCCUACCUGAGAAAGAAAUUGCGCUUAACUGGCACGAAGUAUGGCUGUGGUGGAGGUGGCUGUGGUGCCUGCACGAUUAUGGUGUCAACUAUUCAUCCAAUUUCCAAGAAAAUCCUACACUAUCCAGCCACUGCCUGUCUGUUGCCCAUUUGUUCCCUGCACUUGAUGGCUAUUACCACAACAGAAGGAAUUGGCAAUUCGGCUACAAGGCUUCAUCCAGUCCAGGAGAGGUUAGCAAAAGCCCAUGGCUCCCAGUGUGGAUUUUGUAGCCCCGGAAUGGUGAUGUCCAUGUACACAUUACUGAGAAACAAUCCAGAGCCCAGCAUUGAAGAUAUUUUGUCCAGCAUAUCUGGAAACCUUUGUAGAUGUACAGGCUACCGACCAAUUGUAGAUGCUUUCAGAACUUUUGCGAAGGACUGCUGUUUAUACCAAAAUGUGGAGACAAACAUGAUACCUGAGGAGAACUCCUUAAAAUUGUUUGAUGAAAAAGAAUUGUUACCACUGGAUCCCACACAGGAACUUAUAUUUCCGCCUGACCUGAUGAUCAGGCUAAGCAACCCAAAGGUAAUGACCACCUUCCAUGGAGAGAGAAUCACAUGGCACUCUCCAUCCACACUUCAAGAACUUCUGGAGCUGAAGAUGAAGUUUCCCAAAGCUCCCCUUGUAGUUGGGAACACUACUGUAGGGAUUCAGAUGAAGUUUGAAGGUGUUUUAUACCCAGUUAUCAUCUCCCCUGUAAGAAUUGGUGAUUUGUACGCUGUGUCCACAAGUAGCCAAGGGAUUACAAUUGGAGCUGCAGUCAGUCUUGCACAAGUUAAACACAUUUUAAAUGAGAGUGUUUCCAAGUUGCCACAGCAUAAAGCCAAGAUAUUCCAUGCAUUACUGCAGCAGCUGAGAACGCUGGCCGGAGAGCAAAUUAGAAGCAUGGCUUGUCUUGGAGGGCAUGUCAUCAGCAAAGGUUCAGCAAGUGACCUUAACCCAGUUCUUGCUGCAGGGGGAGCUACACUAAACUUGGUAUCCAAAGGUAAAACACGGACAAUCCCACUGGAUGGCUCCUUUUUCUCAGGUGCCUCUGAUUUACACCCAGGGGAAGUCUUGCUGAGUGUCUUUAUACCUUACUCAGAAAAGAGACAGUUUGUGGCUGCAUUCAGGCAAGCCCAAAGAGAAGAAAAUGCUUUUGCUAUUGUCAAUUCUGGAAUGAAAGUGGAGUUUAAAGAUGACACUGACAUUAUAAAGGAUAUUACCAUAUUUUUUGGCGGCAUCAGUUCUACAACUGUGUUUGCAAAGAACACCAGACAAGCUCUAAUUGGGAGACACUGGGAUGAUGACAUGCUGGGUGAAGCCUGCAGACAGAUCCUCAAUGAGGUGUCUAUACCACCUUCUGCCCCUGAUGGAAAAGUGGAAUACCGGAGGUCUCUAAUGAUCAGUUUUGUCUUCAAAUUCUACCUGCAGGUCAUGCAGAGCUUAGAGAAGCAUGUCUCCAAUGCCCUGGGUGUUUCAGAGAAUAAAAGUGCUAUCCGUGAUUUUAAGACUAAAGCGCCUAAAACGUUACAGAUUUUCCAGGAAGUAAACUCCAAUCAGCCAAUUCAGGACCCUGUUGGCCGUCCAAUAGUUCACCAGUCUGGCAUAAAGCAAGCCACAGGGGAGGCAGUGUAUGUGGAUGACAUGCCACCUGUGGACCGAGAACUUUUCAUCGCUUUUGUCACCAGCAAAAAGGCUCAUGCCAAGAUUGUGUCAAUAGAUAGUUCUGAUGCCCUCAAAAUUCCCGGAGUGGUUGAUAUAAUAGGAGCAAAGGAUGUCCCUGGAAUAAAUGAGAUCUCUGGACAAGGACCUUUGUUUUCAGAGAAGGAGGUAAUUUGUGUGGGGCAAAUAAUCUGUGCAGUUGUAGCUGACACUCCGGAAAAUGCAAGAAGAGCUGUGGCUAAAGUGAAUGUAACCUAUCAGGAUCUAAAACCAAUUCUCACGGUUGAGGAUGCUAUUAAGAACAACUCAUUUUUUCAACCUGAUAAACAAAUUCUACAUGGAAAUGUAGAAAAGGCCUUUAAAGAAGCAGACCAUAUCAUUGAAGGGGAGGUUCAUAUUGGUGGUCAGGAACAAUUCUACAUGGAAACAAAUUCUGUUCUUGUUGUGCCAAAGGGAGAGGAUGAUGAAUAUAACAUAUACAUAUCCACACAGGAUCCCACAACUGCACAGCUUUCAGUGGCUGCAGUCCUUAAUGUUCCAUCUAACAGGAUUGUAGCCACAGUAAAAAGAGUUGGGGGAGCUUUUGGAGGAAAGAUUACAAAACCAGGCAUCUUUGCAAGUGCAUCAGCAGUAGCCGCCCAAAAGCACAAAAGGCCUAUUCGUUGUGUUUUGGAGCGAAAUGAAGACAUGUUGAUGACUGCUGGUCGUCAUCCAUUCAAGGGGAUUUACAAAGUGGGAUUUAUGAAUGAUGGUAGAAUAGUAGGAGCUGAUGUUUCUUUUUACGCCAAUGCUGGAUGCACCCCUGAUGAAUCCAUUUUGGUACUUAUAGUGGCCCUACUGAAGAUGGAUACUGCAUAUUACUUCCCUAACCUCAACUGCCGUGCCAAGGCUUGUAAGACCAACCUGCCUUCUAAUACUGCUUUUAGAGGCUUUGGCUUUCCUCAGACUGGACUGGUUAUGGAGACCAUAAUGGAUGCUGUAGCUGUAAAUUGUGGCUUACCUCCCAAUCAGGUCCGCCAUGUGAACAUGUACAAAGGCAUUUCUAAAACACAUUAUAAUCAAGAGUUUGAUGCCGCCAAUCUGAUGCGUUGCUGGGAUGAAUGCAUGAAAAAAUCCGCCUAUGUCAAUAGAAGAAACGAAGUGCAAAGAUUUAACAAGGAAAAUUACUGGAAGAAGAGAGGACUGGCUAUUAUUCCACUAAAAUUCACAGUUGGCUUUGUUGAGAAAAUGUAUCAUCAGGCGUCAGCUUUGGUUCAUAUUUACAGAGAUGGGAAAGUCCUUGUCAGCCAUGGUGGUGUAGAACUGGGCCAGGGUCUCAACACUAAAGUCAUGCAGAUUGCAAGCAGAGAGUUGAGGGUACCAUUAACAUAUAUACACAUCUCUGGGACCAGCACAGAAGUUGUACCAAAUUCAAUUCCAACUGGUGGAACCAUUGGGACAGAUGUUUAUGGUCUGGCAGUUAAGUAUGCCUGUGAGACACUUUGGAAAAGACUGGAAACUUUUAUCAAAAACAAUCCUAAUGGCAAGUGGGAGGACUGGGUUCAGCAAGCAUUCGCUGAGAGACUAAGUUUAUCAGCUACUGGAUUUUACAAAGGAUAUGACACUGAGAUGGACUGGGAAAAAGGAGAGGGUCACGUUGCUCCUUAUUAUAUCUACGGAGCAGCUUGUACUGAGAUUGAACUGGACUGUCUAACUGGAGCCCACAAGAAUCUGCGUACAGAUAUAGUUGUGGAUGUGGGAGAAAGCAUAAAUCCAGGAUUGGACAUCGGACAGAUUGAAGGUGGAUUUACUCAGGGAUCUGGCCUGUACACAUUAGAGGAACUGUUUUAUUCACCAAAAGGUGACAUGUAUACACUUGGACCUGACAAAUAUAAAAUACCAGCAGUGUGUGACGUCCCAACAGAGUUUAAUGUCUCGCUCCUUGCAUCCUCUAAAAAUCCCUAUACCAUUUACUCCUCAAAGGGAGUCGGGGAGACAGCUGUGUUUUUAGGAUGUUCUGUCCUUUUUGCCAUAAAGGAUGCAGUGGAUUCAGUUCGUAAAGAACGUAACUUGCCUAAGAUUUUUACUCUUAAUAGCCCUGCAACGCCAGAGAAAGUCAGAAUGGCUUGUGAAGACCAGUUGACUAAAAUGAUCCCGAGAGACAAGGAUGGCACCUUCACCCCCUGGUCUGUGGACAUUACAAAAUGAAUAGGAAAUACUGUAAUAUUGGUCAACAAGCGCACUUAACCAACUUGGCUAUAGUACAGUUAUACUAUAUGUAAUACAUUUAAUCAAAAUGUUUGUCUUAUAUCUGCUUAAUGAUUUUUCUGAAUCAUUUGGGAACAUGGAGAAAAAUGAUUAGUGAUUGAAUACAUUUUGUUAAACUCUCUUACAUUUUGCAUAUCCACAUUGUUGGUGUUUGUACGUAUUCUAAACUGAGUAAAAUAAAAAUAAAAAAUCUAUUACUCACAUA